GAUUAAGCACUGAACAGCGGCCCAUUUGUCCACCGCGCGGCUAUCAUCGUAGCUGUUGACAGCGUUUCCUAGCUGCUUGGCAACCACACGUUGCGUGCAGGCGCUUACGCCUUGCGCCGCGCCCGCCUGCAAAGUUGCACCGCCCUGCACUCGAGCGAGGUUGCACUGCCAGCGCCGGGCGAGCAUGCGCCGAGGCCUAGCGCUCGCCGCCGUCGCGGCCGCGCUCGUGCCGUCGCCGCGAUGCCCCCAGCACCGCACCGCGCUCACACCACAGCGACCAAGCCGGCUCCGCAUGCUCGCGACCGAGGAACAGACCGCCCCGAGGACAAGAGAAGAAAAGGACCUAGAUGAAUGGAACACGCUCAUCACGGCCUUAGAAGCUUACAAGCAGGAGCACGGCGAUUUACGAGUUCCUACCAGAUACACGGUGCCCGAAGAUCAGCCCUCGUACCCUCAAGAAUGCCGAGGAUUGAAACUCGGCCAACGAGUGGCCUCAAUAAGAGCAACGGGCCGCUACGUCGACGACGAGACACGUAGAAGGGUUCUGGACGACAUGGGCUUUGAAUGGCGUUUACGACGACCUUCAGCAAGUCAGCAGGCGAAGCAGCCCGUCGAGCCCUUUGAUGUGUUAGUUACUGCCUUGGAAGUCUACCAGCGAGAGAACGGUGAAUCAACAGUACCUUCUACCUUCGUCGUGCCGAACGCGGACCCCUGGCCUCCCAGUUGUAGAGGGCUACCUCUAGGCGCUAGAGUCGAGGCUCUCAGGGACCCGGACCACCCCUAUUUUGAAGGACCGGAAUUAGCGGAGCGCGAAGCGAAGUUGAUAUCCUUGGGCGCGCUUAAGCCAGCGGGCGAAAGCGGCGGGCGGACCGAGCGCCAAUCCACGGCCAAGCGCUUCGAAAUCGUCUAUAGUGCAUUAGAAGCCUUCAAGCGCGUCCACGGGCAUUUGAACGUGCAGCAGACGUUCGUCGUGCCCUCUGAUGAUCAGUGGCCCGAGGACGCGUGGGCGAUGAAGCUCGGGAGUCGAGUGAACGCCAUUCGUUCUCAUGGUACCUUCCUCAAGCGCCAUCCGGAGCGACGAGCGCGGUUGCGAGAUUUGGGACUGGCAUUGAACGACGCGCCGCCGCCGGCCCCGGAAAAGCCGGGGAGCUUGUUAGACGCGGUCUUGAAAUCAUCACAAUCAAGUGGGGAAGCGGUACCCGUGCCGGCCUGGGCCGGCAUUAGUGGUGAGGCUUAUGAGGAGGACGUCGAAGAGGUCGAGGAGCCGCCGCGGCCUCGCGUUGCGUCGCUCGACGCAGACUUCCUAGAUGAGUCGCUCAUCGCCCCGGAGGAGUUGCAGCGAAGACAGAGUGAGGGGUGGCGCUUCGACGACUUCGAUGGGGGCUUCGACUUUGCAGAUGUCGUCGAUGCCCUCCGGGAGUACCAGACGAGAUUCGGCAAUCUAGACGUUCCGGUUGAUUUUGUGGUGCCCGAGGAUGAUGGGGUUGAGGAAGAAGGCGUCGAGGAGGAGGUGGAGGAUCUCGAUGCGGCUUUAGCGGCGUUUUUGUCGGCGGCGUCACCCUCAGAAGACGAAGACGCCGCUUUGUUGGGUGAUUUCCCGUCGCUCGACGAGGAGCCGUCCGAAGCUGAUCUCUUAGCUCUCGAGGAGUCGUACGUCGAGCCGUCUGCUGUAGAGAAGGAAACGCCGUGGCCCGAGCACACGCGAGGGUUGUUGUUGGGGAGAGCCGUCGAUGCUCUACGAGUGGGAGACGCUAGGGUGGAUGAUGAGCAACGACAAACCUUAGAUGAGCUUGGGUUUGAGUGGGGCGACCGGCGCAUCUCCGGUUUGUCCUGGAACGAGUUCUUAGGGUGCCUCUUCUCGUUCAGCAAGAUCAAGGGGUCGUUAAAUGUCAGGUGGGACUUUGUGGUCCCCAACGAGGACCCCUGGCCGCUACCGUUGAGGAAUGCGCCGCUGGGACGGUGGGUGAAUGAAGUCCGGGCCCAGCAGCCUGUGUUCGAGCGCCACUUCGCGGAAAGAAAAAGGUUCCUGGAUCUCAUGGGCUUCAAAUGGCUCCCGCCUUUGUUCGAGGGCGACGACGCUACGAGUGAUGAGGCGCGAGAUCAGCGGCCGCCGCCGUGUCUACGGUUGAACGACGACGAGCUCUUUCCUCUAGGGAAGAAGAAACGUGCGAAAAAGGCACCGAAGGGCCCGAAGCAGCCGCUACCGCUACCUACCGCUGGAGAUAUUGAUGUGGACUACUCCAAGUAUACCGUGAAGGUCCUCAAGGAUUUACUCAGAGAUAGGGGCUUACCCGUCAGUGGUCGGCGGAAGGCGGACUACGUCGAGCGGUUAGCUGCUGAUGAUAUCAGGUUGCAAAAGGAGGCUCCCGUUGCAGAAGAGGAGGAGGAGGAGGACCUAGAUGACGAGGAGGAGGAGGACGACGACGACGACGACGAGGACGAGCCGAUGGACGAGGAGGAGGAGCUCGACGUCGUCGGCGACCUGUCGGCGGCGCUCGGGGCCGGCGACGAGGAGGAGACGGACCCGGACGACGACCCAUAGUCCAUUAGCCUAAAAUAUACGUAGU